AUGUACAGGUUUGAUAUCAGGGGACUUUACUACCCAACUCAGUUGUACCGCUCUCUCAAUACACUCCAGGAUGAAGUAAACAAAAGAGUCUCAUUCGUAUAUAAAUAUGUCACACACGUCGGUAAAGUUUACAAUUUUCGACCGGUUCAGCCUUAUAUUCUUGUGGCCAGGACUAAUUCCGUGUCGGAUUUAGCCCAUCGAAAGGCCACUGAGAUUGUAGCCCUGAUGAUAAAGAAUAUGCCAUCCAAAGUAUUUAUUCCUUUAACCAGAUCAAAUGGUGUCGGUCUUUUCUCUGCUCCUGAAGGAGUGACCAUAUAUCCAGAGAACAAGCAAUUGGCUGACAGACCCGAAUGUUACGGCCGUUGCAGUGGACAAUGUGCAAUUACAUGCACAUUUGAUGGUCGCAAAUGGUCACGUGUUGCUGGACUAACUAACUCUCGCGCUGUAUGCUUGGACGAUAUAGUACUAUGUAAUGCGCGGGACCCCUACGGCCGAAAGGAAAACAUUUUGAGUCACGAAUUUGCUCACCUUAUCAUGAGAUAUAUGCCGUCGACCUGGAGUAGUAAGAUUUCUAGGGCUUACCGAUUAGCAAAAUCCAGACGAACUUGGAAAUUGGGCACGUACGCCAUGGCCACUGAAUGGGAAUAUUGGGCCGAAGCAUCAGAAGCUUUCUUCCUUAACGUCCUCAGAACAGAUGUCACCGGCGGCAUGAACAUGUAA